AUGGGACUCAGCUGCUUCAAGUCCUGGAAACAUGACAGUACAGGCCACAAAGGUAACAGAGAUGUGCUGGCCAGCCCAGGCUCGUAUUUCUUUCUAUCUAACAGUGCUGGUCAGGGUGACGAGUGGCUGAAGAGCCUCAACAAGGGAGUCUGGAUCCCUUUCACAGGGGUCUUUGGUCAGCGACUGGAGGAGACAGUGCUGUAUGAGCGACGUUAUGGGGUGCGUUUGGUUCCUCUGGUGGUGGAGCAGUGUGUGACCUUUAUCCGGCAGCGUGGCCUGCAUGAAGUGGGCUUGUUUCGCCAGCCCGGACAGGCCAGUCUGGUCAAAGAGCUGCAGGAGGCUUUUGAUGCAGGGGAGAGACCGUCUUUUGACAGUAGUACAGACGUCCACACAGUAGCAUCACUACUGAAGCUCUACCUCCGACAGCUGCCAGAGCCUCUGGUUCCCUACAGCCGCUACCAGGACUUCCUACUCUGUGGCCAGAAGCUGUCGAGCAACCGCACACUGGUUUUGGGGGAGUUGAGGAAUCUUCUUCAUGAGUUGCCAGUUGCAAACUUCAACCUACUCAACUUUAUCUGCCAGUUUCUAAAUGAGGUCCAGAGUUACUCCAGCAGUAACAAGAUGAGUGGCCAGAACUUGGCUACAGUGUUCGGGCCAAACAUCCUCCGUGGCAAAGCUGAAGAUCCUCAAAGCAUCAUGGGAGGUGCAGGACUGGUCCAGGUGCUAAUGCUGGAGCUGAUCAGAGAGCACGAGUCUCUGUUUGCUAAAGUCCCCCCACCCAUCUCUGCCCGUCCACUUGGAGGUCCGCAUGCAUCACCAAGUGCUCUGAGGCAGCCUCAUCUCCACCCGUCGCCCUGCCUCCGCCAGCUCUCUAUGCCUCUGAUUGUAGAGCGCUCCAGAGAGGCAGGACAGCCUGCUGAAGAUGAACAGAACCCCAGCUGCAUUUACUCUGCUGCUGCCAAAUCAGACCUUUCCUCUGGCCAGAAGAAAUUUCUUGGGCAUCGCUACACCUCCUCUCACCCAGAGAACUGCUUCUACCCUUUACCUUCCUCCAGUCAGCCCCUGCAGCACCACUCUGACAGACACAACCUAGAUUAUCACCAGCACCGCGCUGGUCAAGGACCGUCCCCUGCAAAUGUUCAAUCUUCUACAACCAGCCUCCAGUUACAAGACCCACUGUCAGAUGGCUCCAGUCCCAGACCGAUGCUCUUGGGCUGGGCAAAGGCCUGGCCUGGCCCUGCAGAGACAAGCACUGGUUUCUGGACCUGUGGUGCUGCAGAGGAAGAGGGUUCAGUGCCAGGAACAGCCAGCAGGGACAGCAGUGAGGAUCAGGAGGAUAGCAACCUUUCAGCCUAUGACAACCUGGACAGAGUGUCUCCAUGUCAGAGGAUGGAAGGUGUCACUGAGGAAACCAAUGAUCCAGGAGGCCAUAUUGGAGCUUGUGAGGAGGAGGUGAGGUUAGAGGAGGCGAGGCCGAGAAGGGACUCAUCUUCUUCAUGGUCUUCUUACGAGGGGCUACCAUUAGAUGAAGGCAGUGAAGCCGUGGGCGGGGCUAGUCCUGAUGUCUCACCAAAGAGACCUGAAAGGUUACCAUCAAGUCAGGUAGCAGAAGAGGAAAGCAGUGAUAAUGAUGCUCAUGAAGACAACAACGACGAUGAUGACAGUGAUGAAGACAAUGAUGAUGAUGAUGAUGAUGAUGAUGAUGAUGAUGAUGUCCACCACCCUAACUCCCCAGCCUCCGGUUGUGCACUCAGUGACAGCCCUCUCAGCACAGGCAGCUCAGAUGUGUUCCUACCCUCUGGUCCUCCAGAUCUCCAGGACCCUGAGCCUCAAUCACAGCCCAGGGAUGCUAACUCACUCCUAGCCGAGUUGCGGCUCCAGAUGGCCAGGCAGAAGGCUGAAUACCAGGCCAGGAUACAGAGGUUGGAGCGCUGUAAUGAUGUCCUGGAGCGGCAGGUUGCCAUACUGCGGGUCAGCCUGGAGCAGCAGAGGCGCAGUCGAAGCGUCGCUGAGAUCAAGAUCCGCAACAUGGAGCAAGCCAAAGCCGAUGCCGACCUCCGAAACAACACACUGCAAAGAGAGAUGGAGCUGUUCUUUCAGAUGUAUGGAGACGUCAAAAGAAGAGGAGGGGGUGAAGGAGCAAGAGGAGGAGGGAGUCUCUGAAGAUUGAUAGAAAGAGAAAAUAGAGGAAUUCUUCUGAAGUAUACAGAUAGGUCAGAGGAUAUUAAAGAGGAAGGGAGGGUUUGUUGCACAGAGCUUGAUGAAAGGAAUGCAUGGACAGAGAUGAUCUUGAUGAGAGAUCCAACUCCUCUGAGUUGGUUCUGAAGGAAGACCCUGACAGGAAACAGUCAGGGCAAGAAAUGUAAUGAGUUAUUGUUUGAUCCAUUGGACAGUCUAAAGAAAUAAGAUCGUGUGUGUCAUUUUAACCAGGCUAAGUUGGUUCACAGUUUCUAGAAGAUGGCUAGACAGCUUGAAUUUGAGGAACAGUUUUGGAUGUUGGCGAGCUUCUUCACCUGUGCAGUGAAUAAAUGGACCUGACUGUUGGCUCGGUUUAGCCGAGCAACUGAUGGACACUAUAAGUGUCUUCCUGCUUUAUGCAAAGUCACCAAACUGUGUCUUUAUCGGGAGCCUGAGGUGAGGCAUUACUUAACAUAAACCCAGGUUUCCUUUGACAAACAAAUAUUCAGAACUAACCAUGGACAUACAAGGUCUAGAAAAGAACUGGAAACUAAAAGAUCUAGAAGAGGAAGCAAACUCAAAGCCUGUCCAGACUUUAUACUGCUCACAACAAGAUGUUUUGUUGCAUACUCUUGUCAUGUUGACAUCCACAACCUACAUAAAUUGAUCUCAGAUGAGGUUUACUGAUUACAAAAUUAUUCCAGUUGUAGAGAACUUUGACUGAAGUGCAUGAUGCCAGAAUGCCAGUUCAGAGUCCAUCAGUCCAUCUCUUGUGUCAACAUGACAUGGGUAACACCAUUGCUGGUCUUUGCCUUCUUUAAAGCCAUGUUGUGUUGUUUUGGAGUGUUUGUUGCUUCCCUCCUUCCGCACCCUUGUUUUCCUGACAAUCUUUUUGGGUACUGACACAGAGUGUCUCAGACUUUUCUCCAAUAUACUCAACCAACCAUGUUCGUCAUUUACUGUUGUAGUGUCUUGAACAGUUCAUAACUAGGUCAAGAUGCAUCCUAGAAUGGCUCAGACAAGACAAAGCAUUAUGACGGGGCAAAGCAUGGAUUCCUUUAUGACACAAGGGUUGCAGAUCUCAAAAGUUUAUCUGGGCCAAAGCUGUGUAGUCUGCAUUAGGUUUUAGAGAACUUAAAAAGUAUCUUCGAGAGAUGCCAGAGAAGUUUUUCAGUUUCUGUCAUCUAAAUAGAAAGGAUGACCCUUCAAGUUUGAAUUCCACAUGGAAAAUUCCAACACAUUCUCAC